CCAGGCAGAAAUCAUGGGACCUCUCCUCACUUUGUCCACCUUUGCUGCUGUUAUUCUCCUGGUAAUUCAUGGAGGUUUGUGUGUGGAUAUCAUUGGAGGACAUGAAGUAGCACCACACUCGAGACCAUUUAUGGCCCUUAUCAACAGCGCAAAUGGAAAAUUUAUUUGUGGAGGAGCUUUGAUCAAGAAAAACUGGGUGUUAACAGCUGCCCACUGUAAUGCGGAAGGAGGUGAAGUUAUUCUUGGAGCUCAUUCAAGGAAAGCAAACGAAAGAGAAAAACAGGUUAUUCGGAUUGCAAAACUAAUUCGCUACCCACGCUACCGUUCCGAUCGUAAGGAAAAUGACAUUAUGCUACUGCAGCUUAAGAAAAGAGCAAGACUUAAUAAAGCUGUGCAGCUCAUUCCCCUGCCUACCUCAGAUGAUGAUCCCAAACCAGGAACAACUUGCACAGUAGCAGGAUGGGGACAAACUCAAAAUCAUCUGAGAAAGUCUUCUGAUACCCUGAGGGAGGUCAAUAUCACUGUUAUCAGCAGGCAAAUCUGCAAUGACAACCAUCAUUAUAAAAACAACCCUGUUAUAACAGGCAAUAUGAUAUGUGCAGGAGCUAAGAAUGGAGGAAAGGACUCAUGUUUUGGGGAUUCUGGUGGACCUUUAAGAUGCAAUAAUGUGAUGAGAGGCAUCACUGCUUUCGGGAAGGAAAAGAAGUGUGGUAGUGCUGAUGGCCCUGGUGUCUACACUCGACUCACAAAGCAAUACCUUCAGUGGAUAAGGAAAACCAUAGGGGGAGCCUAAUAGAUUGGCUUUUGACCAAGCAAUUUCCUACUAUGUACUUGUGUAACAAUACCUAGUUUUGAAAAAUGCUUUUUAAAAUAGCUUCAUUAUACUGGUAAAAGAGGUAUUCUCACACUGAAAUUUAGCAGUUUGAUGUCCUUAUAGGUGAAAAUAUGUAUGUCUGUUUUCAGGACAGAUGUGAUCUUAACAGGGCCAGGACACAGUGCUCUGAUACAACAGCAUUUGUAGCUUAUACUGUCAGCCAUGGAGUCAUUCAACAGGUGUUUGUGACUCAGGCUUCCAACACUCUUGCAUUGCACAUUCAGACCGAGUGCUACAUGGAUGAGUAUUUCUGACCAAGAAUCUAAUCCAGCUGUUUGUGUCUUCACUGCAUGCUGAGCAUAUACUGCACUCUUCUGAAUCUGGACUUCUGCAAAUAAACCUGAAAGUUAGUCAGAUGCUAGGUACAACUCCAGACCCCUGAAAAACUUGGUAGUUUCUCUGCAGCAAAGCUCCUGAUUUUACAGGUGUAGGGAACUGCUAAGUUUCAGAAAAUUAAGUUUCAGCAACUGCAUUUGAUUAUGGGACAUAAUAAGUGUGCAUUUCCUAACUAACUGUCUUGUAUUUGAAACCUCUAGAUUUCAUCCCUUUAUGUACUUCGCAUUUAAUA